GGGCGGCUCCUCCCCCCUCCUGGGUGUGUGUGUGAGGAGGAGGAGGAGGCGGCGGCAGGUUGUGGCUGGGAGGCUGGGCUCGGAACUGCCCGGGUUCUCCACCUCCCCCCACAGCGCGCCCGGGGACACAGACCGUCUGGCGGCAUGAACCGGACCCACCGCAGCGCUGGGGGUAGCCGGGGCCUCGGCACCAUGGAAGUGAAGAGCAAGUUUGGAGCUGAAUUUCGACGGUUUUCUCUGGAAAGAACCAAACCUGGAAAGUUUGAGGAGUUUUAUGGAUUAUUGCAGCAUGUGCACAAGAUCCCCAAUGUUGAAGUUUUAGUUGGGUAUAUAGACAUUCAUGGCGAUCUGCUGCCUAUCAACAACGAUGACAAUUAUCAUAAAGCAGUUUCCACAGCCAAUCCUCUGCUCAGGAUUUUCAUUCAAAGAAAAGAAGAUGCGGAUUACAGUGCCUUUGGUACGGAUACUAUGACAAGGAAGAAAAAUGUCUUAUCAAAUGUGUUGCGUCCGGAUAACCACAAAAAGAAACCACAUAUUGUCAUUAGCAUGCCGCGAGACUUCAGACCGGUGUCGUCUAUUAUUGAUGUGGACAUUCUCCCAGAAACCCAUCGCAGGGUGCGACUUUACAAAUAUGGAACUGACAAACCACUUGGAUUCUAUAUACGGGAUGGCUCUAGUGUCAGAGUAACACCACAUGGAUUGGAGAAAGUACCAGGGAUUUUCAUAUCCAGACUUGUUCCUGGAGGUCUGGCUCAAAGCACAGGCUUACUGGCCGUUAAUGAUGAAGUACUGGAGGUAAAUGGAAUAGAAGUCUCAGGGAAGAGUCUUGAUCAAGUUACAGACAUGAUGAUUGCAAAUAGCCGUAACCUGAUCAUUACAGUGAGACCAGCAAAUCAAAGAAAUAAUGUUGUUAGGAACAGUAGGACUUCUGGGAGCUCAGGUCAGUCUACUGAUACUAGUCUUCUAGGUUACACACCACACACUGUGCAGAACUUCCAUCCAGAAGAAGAAGACAGUGAUGAAGAUGACAUCAUUAUUGAAGAUAAUGGUGAGCCACGGCAGAUUCCAAAAGCUGCCCCUACCAGUGAGAGUCUGGAAUCAUUAACGCAAAUUGAACUCCUUCAUGAGUCAACACAAAAUGGUUUCAUUCCAUUUAGUGAAGUAAACUUAUGUCAUUCAGCAGGCAAUGUUAACAUGGAGUAUGAAAUACAGGAUCCAGACAAAAAGUCCUUAGAAGAUGGGACAAUUAUAACGUUAUGAAACUGUCUCAAUGGUGUAUUUUACGUUAACUGAAGAUGCCGUACAACUUUUAAUUUUGCUUGAUAUAUAAUGCAAUUUAUACCUCUCAAACUACCAGUCCUUAAGACCUGCAAACAAAUGUAAGGGAAAACAGUAAAUGCAGGAAGCUUAAAAUUAUGUGGGCUGAUUAAUGUCAGUUUUAUAAUUCUGUAAUUCCAUGUAAAUAUUUUGUAAGGAUACAAGGUAGAUGACCCUGGCUGUGAUGGGACAGCGGUAAAAUGAAGGAUGAUUGAGAGGUAUUGACUGCAUAUUUGCUUCCAGAGGUACUACUGGUUUUAAAGAGUACAUUUCCAUUACCAUGUGAGGUGGAGCAGAUAGUGAAGCUGCAUGUCUAAUCCGAAUUUAUGGUCAUGUGCGUUUACCCCUUAAUGACACAAUUAACAACGAUCUUAAAAUUCUAACGUGAAAGUCUUACUACUACUCGUCUUGUACCUUGAGGACCAGUUCUCUUCUCUAAGGCCUUGGCUACACUGGUGCUGUACAGCGCUGCAACUUGCUGCGCUCAGGGGUGUGAAAACGCACACCCCCCUGAGUGCAGCGCUGUAAAACGCCAGUGUAAUCAGCGUCUGCAGUGCUGCACGCUCGCUCGCAGCACUGCAAGCUAUUCCCUCGGAGAGGUGGAGUACUUGCAGUGCUGCGAGAGAGCUCUGGCGGCGUGACUACACUCGGCAGCGCUGUGAAUUCUCAAGUGUAGCCAAGGCCUUAGUUUACAGCAUUGUAUAAGGUGGUCUUUUAUGCUGGGCUUAGUCACUAACUGUAGUAAAUUACAUUAUGUAAAUGUCUAAAGAAAUCAAAUACAAAAUUAAUAGGAUGAAAAUAACAUUUUACCUGAUUCCUAUUUCAUGCUCCAAAAAUGGUCAUGUUAAAAGAUAUCAAGAUUCUUACAAAUGAGAGGAGAGUUAUUUGAAGUUGAUAAUCAAUGAACAGUUUUAUCUUACUAUUAAAAAAUAUAUAUUAUCCAGCAUAGGUUAGAGCAACUUGUAUCACUUUUUUUUUUUUAAAUCAAAAGUUUAGGCUUUGUAAAACUAACUUAAACUUGUGCUAUUACAACUUCGUUUUUUAACAUACCACCCCUGGUAGGGUAUCUUCUUUGAAUAUUACAAAACUGCUAUAGGAAAAAAAACAAAAAUAUUGAAAGCUAAAAUCCUGAUGCUGCAAACACUUAAGCAGGAAUGUAAAUUGACUCUCAUGAAUAGUUCAUUGACUUCAGUAGAACUACUCAUGUGAUUUGUUUGCAGCAUCAAGGGCUAAAAUGUAUUUGUAUUUAAGAAAUCAAUUUAAGACCUAAAUUUGUCUUCAGAACAAAAUUAGUUCACUGCUAAUAAUGAAAAUCUAUUAACUUUUUUAAUACAUUAACACAGUUAACUUUUUAUACAUACACACUACAAUUUUGAAAAAUAGCCUUCUGAAGGUGGAAUUUUCAGGUGUUUCUAAGUUCCUUCAAACUGCAAACCCUAAUGGAAUACAGCCUGGUUAAAGUACUUCAGCCUUCUUGACUUGUGAAAAUUCAGUCUAAUGGAAAGUGGUGGUAGCUACAUUUGCAAUUUGCUUAUCAGUUUGUAUUUAUCUCAGUAAGGAUGUAGCUUCUUAGCUGAACCAAUUUCUAUGUAAGAUGUGAAAUUCUACAGUUAGGAAACUGACCUCUUGAGGUUCUUUCCAGCCCUAAUUUCUAUGAUUUUUAAAGAAACAAGAACAAAACAUCCAGUUAACAGUUCGACUUUAAAUGGGAAGAAAAGUAAGAAUUAGCAACAGGUACUCCUGAGGAAAUUCUGCACCCAAAAAAAAAAAAAAAAAAAAAAAAUUCCGUGCACAAUAUUUUAAAAUGCUGCAUAUUUUACUAAUCAAAAUAACACUAUUAUGGCAGUUUCAAUUAUUUUGGUCAUUUAUUUUAAAAUACUUGUCUACAAGUAUGUCUAACAAUAUAGACAACAAAAAAGGCUCAGGACAUUUUUUUUGGCAAAUAGAUUCCUUACCAUGAGUAUUAAUACAGAACUUUGAGUAAUAAUUGAUUUAAAUGCCCCCAGGCCUUUGCACUACUUCUGAGGGGUGUCAGGGGUAAUGGAGGAGCUGAAGGGGGAAGUAAUUGCUGGGAAGGAGCCUGGGAGUGAACCUGGAGGGUUGUUAGGUGUGGGUGGGAGAAGUAUGGAACAGAUUUUUUUGCGGGGAGGGUGGUGAUUGUUAGGGAGUUGGGGAGUCUCCCCAAUGCAGAUGCUGGCUGACCCCUCACCCCUCCCAUUUAAUCAGGCACAUCUGCCCUGUGUGUCCCUGCACCCUGAUUCCCCAUUCAGUUAGCAUAUCUGCACAUCCCUGUGUUUCCCAGCACCCUCCCUCAGCCAGUCAUAGCUCACCUGUCUCCAUGUGUCCCUACAUGCCCACUCCCCCAUCUGGCCCCACACCCUGUUCAGCCAGGCAUAGCUCCCGUUUCCAUGUGUCCCUGCACCCCUGCUCAGCCAUCACCCCCCCCCCCCCGCUCCUCCCCAUCCCCAUGUGGCCCUGCAUCCCCACUUCCAUUCAGCCCCUGGCACAGUACGGUCACCCCACUAGCUCCUAUACCCCGCUCUGACCAUCCACUCCUCCUCCCUUCUCCCCAUAUCCCAUGCUUCCUCAUGUGGCCCUGCCAGCAGAAGCCUGUGAGGAAGGGCAGUUUCCCUCUCCAUGGCUGGCUGCUCUAGCCUGUGAGCCUGCUGCCCUCUCCUGGUGCCACCUGGUGAGUGAAAGUGUAAUUGCAGCUUCCCUUUUCCUCCCUGUUAGAAUCUGCUGGGGACAUCAAGCGCAGAAUUCUCCCAGGAGUAAACAUGUAAAUUUAAAAAUUGAUUUUUUAAAACUUAUUUUUAUACAUGCUGCUCCUUUUUAUUUAGGGCAUGUGUCUUUAAAACUGGAUUUGGUUUUUAUUCCUUCAGCAAUGGGACUUUUCCUGUAUCAUGAUAGUGUGCAUUCACAUGCCUUUUUAUUUACUUGAUUGUAUUGCAAGUAAUCAAAGUGGGAAAAUGCACUUGUAUUAAGAGAAGAAAAUGAGAUCCACAGAUACAGAUGGAAGAUAAACUAGUACCCCACUUUUUUUUAUGUAGAGGUGUAACGCUUUCAUUCAGUGGAAUUGUUUUAUGGAUCUAAUAUGGUGCAUUAGUAGUGUUGCGGCUUGGAUGUAAGAUAAGCUAUUAACUUACACAUGAGCCUGGCACUUGAAAACAAGUUACAAGAUAUUAAUUUAUUGCUUAAACACUUCAAGGUAGUAUGCUGCUAAACUUUUGUCCAUUACCUAAUUUUGAAUGUUUUUUACUCAUAGCGUAUGCAUUUUGGGUAUAUAUACUGGUAUUAAGAACUUAAGGAAAUUUUAAAAAGGGCAUUUAGUGUGUAAGUGCUCAUGAAUUUCCAUCAUGAAGGAUUAACAAAAGUUUUUGUAAUUAAAAUGACAGACUGCACAAUAUGUAAUUGCAUAACACUGCAGUUACCAUAAGAGAGACUUUCUAAAUAUCUUCUAUCUGCAUCCUACCACUUGACAAAUUACUAAAUAGUUUAAAAAAUCACUAUUCCAGGAUAAUCAACUGUUGAAAUAAAUGGUUAGUUAACUUUAUAUAUAAAAUGGUACUAGGUUCAGUAUAUUAUUUUUAAAGAUGAUAGAUAUAUUCGCCUUUAUAUACUACCUCUUAAAGUUAGUUUUUUUAACCGUUAACAUCUUUCAAAAUAUCUCCCUGCGGGGAGAAAAAAAUUCAAGGCUUGACUAUUUUGUACUAAUUUUAACUGCAGAAUCUAAAAUGAUGCAUGAUUGAAAAUAUUGAGCUGCUGUCAAUGCACAUUCUUUAUGUAUUCAGUAUCCUAAUGCAUAUACAUUAUAUUUUAAUCCAGAUUUUAUAAACUAAUUUAUAUCCAAAUUAUUUCAAAAUGCUUUGGAAUACCAAAAUUCCUUUGAAUAGUGUUAUACGGAUGUGUACAUGCACAAUAAAAGCAAUCUGUCCCUCCUCUCUGCUGGCAGUCUGAAAACAGAUUAGCCUUUUAAGUGCACCUUAUUAGAAAAGAGAGCAAAUGUUGCUGAAAUUAAGAUACGUUCACUUUGGAUCUCUGAUAUGGUAUCAGUAAAAGUCAAGCUUAAACUGUGAAUCAUAUGUUCUUCCACAGCUUCAAUAAAUUUAGGACAAUGUCCUCAUGAGCUGUCUGCACCAUGUACUUUUGUGAAUAUUCUGUAUUUUCUAAUUACAUUUUACUUGCAACUUGAUUUUUACGCAAAUGAAAAUUUGUUUAAAAUGUCAAAUAUCAGUAUUUUUCUUACAACUUUAAUGUAUAAUGUACAUUGAUAUCUCACUAAAUGAACUUUGAUUUUACAAAAUCAAACUAGCUUUAGCUGUAUAUUAGUCUUAUAUUUUUACAGAUUGGAAUAAUAAAUGGAUAUAGAAAUAUAA